ACAGACAAAAAGAAAGAAGAGAAUACAAAUAUUGGUUACCGAUGCCGCUGCAAAAGUAGAGUACUGUUUGGCCAGCUGUGUUUUUGGUGUAAACCACUGGCUUCUUCUACAAUCCACACCAAUUCAUCGCCUCCGCCGGACCGGACGGGUGUUUGUGAAGAUAACUUGAAUUUUAGCCAGUGUUGAUGGAUUCGGAUGAUGAGAGUUGCAGCGAUAAUUCUGAUUCAGAGCUUGCCUUCUGUCCAGAAGAUGACUACAAAUUUCAGGACAUAAUCCUGGAUGAUGACAAUGAAAAAUUUGUGUCCAGAAUUAAUCGCUAUUGGGAUAGAGAUUCCGUGGUCCUGCCGCAGCACUUGGACUGGAUUUUCCAAUACGGAGCCAUUAAAUGUGCCACCGCAUUGCUUGGAGGAGAGACGGGUCAGACGAUGGAUUUCUACUGCACUCUCUUUCUGGGGUUGCCGGUGAUGCAUUCCUUGGCUGAAACUUGUGAUGGUGCCUUGAUUGAGUUAUUUAUUCACCAUGGAGCUCCAUUGGAUCACAGGUGUUAUGGUCUUGGUCCAAAUAAUGCAAGCUUAGAAGGCAAGCUGCCGCUGAAUGCAGCUGUUGAGUCGUUAGCCUGCAAUAUAUUUUAUGAAGGCUGGAAUCCUAGCAGACCUCUCUUUGAGAUGCUUGUACUCCUGUGCAGCAGGUUCAGUAAGAAAGAUGUGACAAAAGGUAUCAGGCUGCUUGUAUUGAACACCAAAGAGGCUGAGUUAGAAAUUUGUCAAUAUGCAAAGGAGGGAAAAGUUGUAGAGCUUGCUGCUCUUCUAAUGACUGCUAGGGAAAAGGUGGCUCCAAUCUUGUAUCAGAUUGGAGAUGGUUCUACAUCGAAUGGAGGCAUGUCGAUCCGCCAAUGUAUCUAUAGUAAGUUGGCAGCACUAACUUAUGAGGAGUCCAAAUUUACAUUCUGCAAUGAAAAAAAAUUGAUUCGGGACUGCAAGGAGAAGAAGAUGGCAUUUAUGUCUACCGUAGAGCUGCUUGACAUUUUUGAGAUGGCGGGUGACACUAUCGAAACAUAUAUUCGGCUUCGGCAGCGACAAGAUGAGGAUAUGGCGAAGAGCAGGUGGCUGUAGAUUUUUCUUGGCUGCUCCAGGGAGCAAGGUUACUGCCAAAGUACAAACAAAGGCGUUAAUUUGAGCAAGCUCUGGUCUGGGAUUUUGACAUUCUUUUCAUACCACCUUUCAGGAUAGUUGUUUCAUAUUGUUUUUCAUUCUUUGGUUGAUGGAAAAAUGUUAUUAAUUAAUUGAACUCCACUUCUCCAAAUACUUAUCAUUAUUAGUAUUGAUGAAUGUUUUGUUUUGUGGACAUGAUACUGGCUAAUUGAGAAAGGUCAAGACCCGAGAGGCAUUUAGGAUAUAUACAACCUACAAAGUAUGCAAUUAAUACCAGGGCACUGGUGACGAUGAAGUUGCGAGACAGGAAAGUGAAUGACAAUACAAAGCAAAAGUCAAUUAUUGUUCAUACUGGCGUUCAACAUGGUUCACCGACUUUGCCGUUUCUGACUCGAUCGUUCCAUACAAUGCGAGCACCCUUGGGUUCUCAGUCUACCACCUUUGUGGAAGCUCGGGUAAAGAAAACAACCAAACCAAGAAACCGAUAUAUGCCAAAAACUUUAUCAUGCCAACGAUGGACUCCUGUUGUGAUUGCUAUUAAGCUUGGGAUAAGGCGUUUAUGAUUUGAUUAUCUACUAUACUUGAGAGCCUUACAAAGGAUCACAACUUUUGAUUGAGCAAUAUAUGGGAUUCUCAAAUGCUGAAGAGGUGACAGGUGGGAUUUGGAUAACAAACAUAUUAAUGAUUCUAGCAGGAAGUGUUGUUAGAACUUGGAAGCUUGAUCGUACCAUAUUUAUCUUUCUUUAUUAUUGGGGAACUUAUUGAUUAGAUUAAUUUUGGAUACAAAUUUGAUUUUUAUGAUAUGUGAUCAACAUUAUUGUUAAGAGGAUGUUUCGUUUGAGGUCAA